UGAGAGCGUUUACCCAGUCCUUAGUACAAUGGAUUGCCCAUUUCUCCCUAAGCUUUGACACAUUUUACUCGUUUACUAACCACCUUUAGUGUAUGUUUUUUUUUCUCUUUCUGGUGCCUUGUUUCUUAUGGGGAUCAUAGAGUUUCGUAAUAAAAGGAACCGUUCAGCUUUGAGAGGGAUGAAGAGAUCUCCUGAUGUGAGCCCAAGAAGGCUGUCAGAUAUCAGCCCUCAGCUACGGCAGCUGAAAUACCUGGUUGUGGACGAAUCAAUCAAAGAAGAUUUAAAAUCUUCCAGGUCUGUGGAAGACAUAAACAGCGCAUCCAUCGGACUAACUUCCAUCGAGGAGAGGAUUUUAAGGAUCACAGGGUAUUACGGGUAUCAGCCGUGGACUGCAAUUUACAACAGAGAUGAGCGCCCUCGUGAAAACCUGACACCAGCAGAAGCGCAGGUCCCGGCUGCGCCAGACACCGAAGGGCAGAGUGUGACCCGCUGCUGUCUCAAGCUGACUGCCAGUCAAGCCAGGAAGAUCUGCUGGGGGGUAGCAGUGCUUCUGGGUGUGUGCUUGUCCUGGACCGGCUCCACACAACUCGCCAAACUCGCGUUCAGGAAAUUCGACGCCCCUUUCACCCUGACUUGGUUUGCAACAAACUGGAACUUCUUAUUUUUCCCACUCUACUACAUCGGUCAUCUGUACACAUCCACAGAGAAGCAGUCUCCAAGGCAGAGAUACAGAGAAUGCUGCAAGUUUUUUGGUGACGACGGAUUGACUGUGAAGGUGUUCUUUACAAAGGUGGCCCCUUUUGGUGUUUUAUGGACAUUAACAAACUAUCUGUAUUUACACGCACUGAGGAAAAUAAACACAACAGACGUGUCUGCACUGUUCUGCUGUAACAAAGCCUUCGUGUUCUUGCUUUCCUGGAUUGUUCUACGGGACAGAUUUAUGGGAGUAAGGAUUGUUGCAGCAAUACUUGCUAUUGCAGGUAUAGUGAUGACGACCUACGCCGAUGGAUUUCAUAGCCAUUCAGUUAUUGGCAUUGCACUAGUUGUUGGAUCCGCAUCAGUGUCAGCUCUGUACAAGGUAUUAUUUAAACUCAUCCUGGGCAGUGCCAAGUUUGGAGAAGCAGCCCUGUUCCUUACAAUACUGGGAGGAGUUAACUUUGUAUUCUUCAGCUUCGUCCCUGUCAUACUCUACUUCACCAAAGUGGAAUACUUUGACUCGAUUGACGCUGUUCCCUGGGGGUAUCUCUGCGGGGUCUCUGUCUUGUUGCUGACCUUCAACAUCCUGGUAAACUUUGGCAUAGCUGUCACCUACCCCACACUAAUUUCCCUUGGCAUUGUCUUAAGUGUACCUGUAAAUGCUGCUGUGGAUCAUUACACCAGUGAAAUAAGCUUCAACACCGUCCGCGUGAUUGCGAUGCUCACCAUCAGCCUAGGAUUUCUAUUGCUGCUCUUACCAGAGGAAUGGGACCAGCGGAUCAUUAAACUUCUGACUCGGCUCAAAGUGCGGAAAAAGGAGGAAGCAGCCGAGGGGAAUGGGGAAGCAGGACCCGGACUCAGCUGGAGUAGACGGGCUCGAUCUUCAAUGUCCAAUUUUACUCAUUGAUGUCAAUCGUGAACGUCUCAAGUCUACUGUCCAACAAUAACACAAUUGCGUGAUUUUACAUUUCUUACCAAACGAAGCAAAAAAAGCACAUAUUUCUGUAUUUUUAUUUUUUUUUCUAUAUGUCGUGAAAUCAGAAAGUCUACAGCUCUGCAUGUUGUCCUGUUGCUUGAAAUCUCCUUCACUAUCGCUGGGACUUUCAUUGUGAUUUUGUUUUAAAGAAGUUGUGAUGCAUUUCAGAAAUAACGGGUGGGCUCAAGCACAGGGUGUAAAAAGGACAGUCGCUUCUAGUGACUUUGGUUUGAGCAGGAGUCACCUGAACAGCAAAUGAAAUCCUUUUUAUAUGAUUAUUAGAUUUGUAUCCACCAGGAGGCACCCAUGUAUUAUGAGCUGUUACCAUAGUGUGUCUGCCCUGGGGAGAGAAGUUUCUUCUGAUGUGAUCAGAAGAGGGUUUCUGAUACUGGGGAAAAGCCUUUUUAUAGAUCUGCCAAAUGUUGGAAAAUUGGCAUGGGUUUAACCUGGUGAGCCUUUGCAAACAUGAUAAGCUAGUGACUUAUGAAAUACAAGGGUUAUCAAAGAAGCUUUUAUAACAUAAUCAGGUCUACUUGUGAUGUAAAUAGUGCUUUCGUUUAAGUCAUUGGAUGGAAGGGCCCUUUGUAAAAUGGCAGGGUCUAUCAAAUUUUAGUAAUUUAAACACUGGCACAAUUUAGAUUACCUGAAUUGAUCCUGAUGCUGUUUGUCAGACCUGAUUACUCCAAAAUGGAAUUUGCACCAUUUAUUUUUUUUAAAGGAAAACAAAAUGGUAAUGUUUGCAACACAAACAAAUGUGUCAUCUUUUCACUGGAGUAAAACAGAUUUCAUAAAUAUGGGCGUCACAAACAUCAGCAGCACUGAAUACUGACAAGGUCUGCCCAAGGCAGAAAACAUUUAGUGUUUCUAAAAUAUAGCUCCACCUAAUGGCAAAAACAGAAAUGUACAGUAUUUGUACAUCCUGCAGUUUAAAGAAGAUUGAUUGUGGGAUUCCAGAUAUUUAACAGAUUGUGCUGUUGGAAGUUUUUCUUUUAUAUGUAUCUAAACAUAAAUACAUGUGCUUGUGCAUUUUACACUGUGAUUACAGAAUAUGUACUGUUGUUACCACUUCCUUUUCUGCCUUGGUUUUAGUCUUAAAAAAGUGGGCUGUGAAGCAAAGCUGAUGAGAGCCAGGAUUUAAAGCGAAACUCCUUUGGAUUAUUCCCUGCUUCUUCAUCUAGGGACAUGUGUUUUUUUUGUUUUGUUUUUAAUUUGUUUGCAUUGUCUUGAAUGUGUCAUUGUUACUGAGAAAUGCAAACAGCCCAGUCUACUCACAGCACCCACAGUUAUUAAUCGUUUUAAUAAUUUAUCAAGAACAUGUUAGUUUGAUGAGAACAUACCUAGGUGUAUUUGUAACUACAGUAUAAAGAAAUGAAACACUAGAUAACAGUUCAUCCAUUGCCGUCCUGAUAAAGCAAAUGUCCAACACUGUUUCCCAUUGUCAUUUUACAAUGACAAUAGCAAAUAUACUAUUCUAUUCCUCUGGAAUUAUUGUUAAAUAUGAGAGUAAACCUUUGUAAGGAACUAUUUAAAAAAAAAAGUUUAUAAAAUACAAACUUAGUUAGAUUCCAUUUGAUCCAGCAACUGCUUACUAUUACACUUUGUAAUGCAAAGGUAAACC